AUGAGACGAUUAGGAAAGCAAGGGAGGACGAAAAAGGAGAGGGAGGAUGACGAAGAAAGAGAGCAGGAGAAGGAGAGGGAGAGGGAGAGGGAGAAUAUGGAGUCUGCUGAAGGGAGCGGGAGCGGGCGCGCAGAGCGGGAAGACGCGGCGUCAGAUAGAAGGGAGACGCGGUCAACGUCACGCGCGGCGACGGAGGAGGCAGAGAGACAGGCACGCGCGGCGAAGGAGGAGGAAGAGAGAAAGGCGAGCGCGAAGGAGGCUGAGUACCGGGAAGUCGUCGCGAAUAUACUGAACGAAAUGGAGAAGGUAGCGCUUGAAGAUCGUGGCCGCCUUAUGGCUGUCUUCGUCAAGGGGACCCGCGACGCACCAGGAUUUGACGCUGAUCUUUGGGAUCAGCUAGUUGCGAGUCUGCGUCGCGCGCGCGAUUACGAUAAGAACCGGCGGAACACAGAAGUGUAUUUUCACCACCCCAUGUUCGUGGUGCUCGAGCAAGCGGGACGCAGAGCAGGCAGGGGCAUCAUUAUAUAUGCCGAGUUCGACGCGUGGAUGUCGAAGUCCGCACACGCCGCCGCCCUUCGCUCAGCGCCGCCAGUCCCGGCCGAGGACCCCGACACCACUCUCAUCAUUCCCAGCGACGACAUCCAGUGGAUGAGGCCGGAUCAUACGAUGACCCUGACCGUGAGGAGAGAGGCGCGCAAACGGAUGUACGGACAGCCCGCCGUCCUCGCGGAAUCGAUUAUCACCUUCGGCAUGCACGAAGGAAAGCGGGCGGUCAGUCGCCGUGAGUGCGACAAGUCGGGGUGGCCCGACACGAAGAGUGGUAUCAAGGACUUGGUGGCGAAGAUGGAGGUGGCGGGCAGGCAGGUCGAAUCCGCCUGCGACCUCUUCGCGCGGUCGGAAGAGUUUCGGCUCACUCCGAGACCAAAAGACGGAAAAGGCGGACCUUUCCUCGGCCCCUUCCUCCUCGUGAUAUCGGUCGGCGAUCUCUACUGCUUCCGGCCAUACGCUCCGCUUGCUACCGGCGAAGAGGAUAUGGGCACACUGAUGGCGAGGUUCAGCGAUUUGCUCAGGGAGGAGGUCAUCAAUGAAGAACUACACGAGCCAGACUUGGAUAAGGACAAGCUCGACCCGAAGACCUGGCCUCCCCCUAAAGCGCAGUCGUCGGGGCACUUUCCUUUGGACCCGUCGUGGUCGUUUCCGGUGAAGGCGACGGACUUGGAUGGCCUGGCAAAGCUCAAGACGGCCAUGGCGUGGUACCUAAAGAAGUGGGAUACUGUGGACGAGUAUGCGUGGUCAGUAGAAAGUGACGAGCCUGAAACAGAGUAG